AUGUUCACCUUGAAGAAAUCCCUGUUGCUCUUUUUCUUUCUCUUGGGACCAUCACCUUAUCUCUCUGUGAGGAAGAGAGAGGUGCCGAUGAAGAGGAAGAGGACGUUGUAG